AUGUCACAUCCAAGUGAUACUCCUAAAUACAUCACCAAGGAACAGUUUGUGAGGUAUGCUGAUGAGUAUGUCGACCACUUCAAUAUUUUCCCCAAGUAUAGCACUUCUGUUGAGUCCUGCGAGUAUGACGAAGUGAGCAACUGUUGGGAUGUCAUAGCACGUGACCUGGCAAAUGGCCAAGUGACUGAGUAUACAGCUAGGUUCUCAGUUGUAGCCACAGGCGAGAACAGUGAAGGAAUCAUUCCAACCAUCCCUGGGCUACAUGAUUUCCCUGGUGAUGUCAUACACUCGUCAAACUACAAGUCAUGGAACAACUACGCCGGAAAGGGUGUCCUAGUGGUUGGAUGUGGAAACUCAGGCAUGGAGAUUGCUUAUGAUCUUGCCUCCAAUGGAGUGGAGACCUCCUUGGUUAUCCGUAGCCCAGUGCUUGGCCCAAUAUCUUGUAUCAGAGGAAACACAGUAGAAUUUGAGGAUGGAAAAAAGAGCGACUUUGAUUCUCUUGUAUUCGCUACAGGAUACAAAAGCACUGCAAACACGUGGCUUAAGAAUGGUGAGAGCUUGCUUAAUGCCAAUGGCAUGCCCAAGAGGGAGCUCACCGAUCCUUGGAAAGGCGAAAACGGCCUCUACUGUGUUGGGCUGGGAAUGGCAGGGUUGGCUGGUAUUUCUCGUGAUGCAAAGAGUGUUGCUGCAGACAUCAAGUCUGCUGUGGAUUCGAUGGGGCCAUUUUAA